CAUACACAAUCUGUUACCGUCAGCAUGAUUAAUCAAGCCUGGCUAUAACAUUGAUCCUUCAGAUGCAUCAAGAAAAUAAGCAUUGACGUAGACAGCAUUUCCUUAACUAAAUCAUGGAUAAUGGAUCAUUUGGUGUCACCGUGGCGACAUCGCUAUACGUGUACGUUCCGUAUGUCGCAUCCUUUCAAACCUCUGGACCUUUUUAAUUCCAUUUUGUGAUUAUUGAAUGACGUAAUGGAUCUGCUAUACGACAUGGAGACUCUCAAUUGGACAUUUCCGUAUAAUAUAUCUGAUCUGUUGGACAAGUAUGACUUUAACGAGGAGGAUGCAGAUGAGUAUGAGAGAUUAUAUGCAGCAGGGGUGUAUAUAAACAAUUAUUAUCUGUGGAUCAUCUUUGCAUUUGGGUUCCCGGGGAACAUUGCCAGCACUGUCACCCUCAGCAAGAUGAAGCCAAUGACUACCUCGAAAUUCUAUGUUGCUCUCCUAGCUAUCAUAGACAAUCUGGCAAUUCUUCAGAAGCUUCUUUACCAUCAGCUGACGUAUCACGAAGUUGCUAUAGGAAGCACCGGUUGUAGAAUAAUGAAUUUUCUUUAUCUUUGCCUUGUGACUUACUCCAAUUGGAUACUCGUGUUUAUGGCAAUUGAACGGUUUAUGGCAGUUACAAUCCCAUUAAGAGUGACCGUUAUCUGGAACUUGAAUCGUGCUCGUCUAAGUAUGAUUAUUCUCGGUGUGGUUAUAACAGGGAUAUACUCCCACACUUUCUGGACCACCCUGUCUCAUGAUGGCAUGCAAUGCGGGAUUGCGGAGAAGUACAAUUUCUUUUAUAAAAGGAUAUGGUAUUGGAUUAACGCCUCGUUCUAUUCGUUCGUUCCAUCAGUCAUUCUAAUUGUCUGUAACCUAUUGAUCACAUUGAGGGUUAGAAAGUCCGGACAGAGGAGAAGCCGCCUUUACUCUGAGACUGAACGUGAAAGGAGUAUUCAUCUAAAUCGAUACGAAAGGCAAAUUACCGUCAUGCUUCUAACUGUAGCUGUGGUGUUUCUCAUUCUCACUUUACCAAGGACCAUCUUCAUCUUGGUGCAUUCCUCGUGGAUACCUGGGCGAUUGUCUCUUAAUUACGCCAGGAAACAGCUGCUUGACCAGUUGACGUUUUUCUUGUGUGAUGCCACCCACGCUGUCAAUUUUUACCUGUACUUCAUCACGGGUCAAAAGUUUCGACAAAGCUUUAUUGGUAUCGUGUUUGAUCAAUCUCGUAACUCUAGUGUGGCAUUUAAUCAUUCUCGUGUACAAAUGACCCUCAAUGGUACUGGGGACACGUCACUUAAUCCUGGGAGUUUAACGUGUAAAGCAUGUGUGAACAUGAAAGGCAAUGAAUGUAUCAUGCUGCAACCCCGCAACACCUAUAAAUAAGCAAGUCCAAAUGCAUUGCCCUACCUUGCUUCUGACAAUCAGAAUCACAUUGUCUGU